AUGAAAAUCGACCGAGGCCCUCCACUGCGCAGUUACAGCAGCGGCUCGGUCGUCGCCUCGACUAUAAAAUCGGCGCUGAAAUCCUGUCACACCAACCAGCGGACAGCACAGCCUGCAAACACACAGAGAAAAAUGAAAUUCGUCAUCCUCUGCGCUCUCAUCGCAGUCGCCUCGGCCCACUACCUCCCAUCCUACCAUCAGGGAGGCCACAUCAGCGGCAAGGCCGCUUUCAGGGGAGACAUCUACUUUGAUGGCUGCUACGAGACGACCUGCCACAAGGACGGCUUUGAUGGCUAUGGCUGCAAGGCCGGUCGCUGCGCCUACAUCUGUCACCCCAAGGGCUGCUACGAAUCCCAUGCCUUCUCAGAGACCAGUGCUGAGAGCUGGGGUGAACAGGAGGGCUACGGCAAACGUUUCGAAAAGGGUGGCUCUAAGGGCCAGAGCCAGUACAAGGGUCACGUCCAAUUCAGCGGUCGCGUAGACUUCUCCGGCUGCAGCUCGGAACACUGUCACAGUGGUGAGUACGAGGGCUACGACUGCAAGGACGGACACUGCGCCACGGUGUGCAAGGGCAGCGAAUGCCACGAGGAGAAGGAGUACGGAUACGGAUACGGCUACUAA